AUGAGGUUUGCAUGCAGCGUGGCGUCGGCGGCAGCGUCCCUAGCGAGCCUCUCAGCCUCUAGAUGGUGCCAGGCUCGACUUUGCGAGUCUACUGGGAACUGGGAGGAGGCUGCCGGAGAUUCCGCGGGCGUCAGCGUGUGCCACUAUUGCUGA